AUGUUUUUUGCUUUCAUAUACUGUCUAUUAAGUCUUUACUGCGUGAGUAAGGCGGAUGAAAGCCCGGGUUUUUUUUUAAAAAUUCCAAAAAAUAUACCACGUUUAGGACGACGUUCGGCUGUAGGCAGUAAACAAGAAAACUCUGUUAGUACCUUAAACGAUUGGUUUAUAUCGUCGGCAUCGAGAAAACGUGCUCUUUUUAAUGCGCCCCUUUUAAUGCCUGAACGUGAACUGGCUGUAGUUCAGCCGGUUAAUUCGAAUACGUUAUUGGAAUUAUUGGAAAAGGAUGCCAUUGCCAAUGAAAAUAUAAAAUUUGUUCAUUGGAAAGAUUUUGAUUUAGCUUUGCAAUUGGACGGCGAUCUUUAUGAUAAAGUGAGCUCCUUGGGUCGUAGACCGGAUCAAAGUCUUAAACAGGAUUUAACUUUAGGCGGCUAUGUCCCAAUAAUAAGCAGUAAUGCUUUAGAUAAUAGUAAUCGAGAUUAUCGUUUCUACGGUUCCGGCUUAGAACCUUACCAAGCGCGUUACAAAAUCGAUCUGCUCGGCCUAAAUGACAUUUAA